AUGCUACCACUUCUACUUGCCCUCUUUACGGCCUCAACCUUCUCCGCCGCACUGGCAGCAGCUUCAGAAAGCUCCUCCGCCAUCAUCUCAUUCACCAGAAAUGUCCCCGCUGAUGCGAGCAGCUCAGUUCCGAAAGACUUUGGCUCGAUCUCUAUCGAAUACGCGUUCUUUCCAGACUAUGGAGAGGCGGUGUACGUCGUCUACGACAAUUCUGCGAUCGCAAGGCUGGUGGUUAUCGAUUUGGAGGAGUAUAAAGCAGCGGCAGUGUAUGAGCAGCCGAGUAGGGUGCAUAGUUUCGGUGAGGAAUGGCAUGGGGGAGAGCGUGCAGGUGCAGGGCAGUGUGUUGACCGUGGAGGUUUGGGCGUCGCAGGCAGCUCUGGUGGGCUUGUUCUGACGGUUGGGUAUAGUCUGGCGCCGAGUUAA